AAGAUGAGUGGGUUUCAUAAUGCUAAGAUGCAGAAGUUUGGAAGGCCAUUCUCUGGAUGUAUAGGAAGGAUCAUCGACAUAUUUGACUAGAGUGACAGAAUGACCGGGACCAAGAUGUUAACUAAAAAAGUGCACAGAGAUGGUAUUUGUUUAGACUCUUCGUGCAUUUCUGAAUCAACAAUGGUUAAAGUUCUUUGUGAUGUUAAUUUAGAGAUUUGUAUAUUUCUGAAUGAUAAGAUUUUGUCUUUCAUGCUUAAGCUAACUAUAAGCAUUAUUCUUCUUUUGUUGAUUCUAUAUGGUUAUUGUAUAGGUUCUAUAGUUUGUCGAAACAAACAUGAUGUUGAAAAGGCUGCCACUCCAUAUCAAACUAACAUAAUUGACAAACAGAUAACCAAUGAUCCAAAACAGAAUUUUUCAUGCAAGAUGUCUGGAACACCAGUGAAGAUUCUGAUAGCUCAAGAGAUGUCAAAAGAUGUGAAGUCUGAGCGGAAACCACCCACUGUUGUUGCCCGACUGAUGGGCCUUGAUGAUGAUCUAACAGCUCAGCCAUGCCCAGCAGCUAACCAAAAUAAGUUCCAAGAAUGCCUUCAUCAAGCUUAUUUUGCAGCACAUAGAGGUUGCCAUCAGCAAGAUAUAUUUAUCAAUGGGGCAGUUCCUUCUGAGACACAUCAAUCUGACGAUCAGAAGAAGGAAAAAGAACAUGCAUGCAAAAUCUGGAAGAAAUCAACUCAAAAGAGGGGAAGAAGUGAAGGAAACCAGAAUGAGAUAAAAAUGUUGCUUGUCCGAGAAAAGUUCGUGGAGGCAAAGCGUUUGGCUACUGACGGGAAGCUUCUUCACUCUAAAGAAUUUCAGGAUGCUCUGGAUGUUCUCAGUUCAAACAGAGAUUUAUUUCUCAAAUUUCUUCAAGAACCCAAUUCCCUAUUCACAAAGCACAUAAGCAAUCUUCCUUUUCCUGCAUCACUUCAGACAAAGCCCAUUACAGUAUUGAAGUCAUCAAAAAAUGUUGAAGCAAAGUUUGAAAAAAUGGUCAAGGAACAGGAAUAUCUAGAAAAUGAUAAGAAUGAAUGUGGUAAAAAAAAUUACUCUUACUCUAGUCUCAAUAUAAUGUCUGAAAUGUUCUCCCAGCCAACCAGGAUAGUGGUCUUGAAGCCUAGUGCAAGAAAGACCACCAAACUACCCAAUCCAUCCAUAUCACCUGAGUAUCAAGUAAGGCAAAACCGUUAUGGUGACCAAGCAGAGACUGAAGCCUUGCGAUCAGGAUACAUGGUCGACAGAAGUGCUCGACAGAUGCAAAAAGCUUUAAUUGGACAUAGGAGGGAUGAAGCUUUGUUGUCUUCUGUGUUUUCAAAUGGACAUAAAGAAGGGAGUUCAUUCAAUCUAUUAGAAAUUGAUUACAAUGAAGAAGAUGAUGGAUUUAGUGACUCUGAGAUGGAUAUAGUGACUCAAACAUCACCACAGUCGUUGGAUAGAUUCGGAAGUCCUUAUUCUCCCUCUUCAUUCAACAAGGUUUCAGAUUUACCUGAGUCAUCAGUGAUUAGAGAAGCAAAGAAACAACUUUCAGAAAGGUGGGCAUUAAUGGCAUCAAAUGAGAUGAAGGAAGCGCAAUUACAUUUCCCUAGGAAUACAACAACUUUGGGUGAAAUGCUCUCUAUUCUGAGGAGCAAGAAAGCUAAUAGAGAAAGAGCUGUUUCGUCUGUCUUGGUGGGGAACCAAUGUGCUGACAUGGAAACAGUGCGAACUUAUGUUAUGCCAAAAUCAACUGAGAGUUGUUUGGCCUCUGACAAUCGAGCAAAUGAUGAGGAACAAUCCAUAGUUUCAGCAUCUCCAAUGUCAAUCACAAAUGUGUCUGUGAAGGCCUUGCUGACACUUCAACAAGGAAAGACUUGUGGCAAAUCUAGUGAACAACGAAAGCAAUUCAUUCCACAACAAAAUUUCAUCAACAAUCUGGACCAGCCUAGCCCUACUUCAAUUUUAGAUGCUCCAUUUGAAGAUGAUGCGAUUGAGAAUUUGAGCCAAUCAUCUGAAAUAAUGUUAGAGAAACAGCAUUCCCCUAUCUCUUUUUUUUCAGCACUUUCUAGGUCAUCACCUAUAGAGUCAGUUGCACGUUCUUUAUCUUGGGAUGAUACACAAUUGGAAAUGUUGUACCCCCAGCCUUCAAGUCUCCAUACUUUCCCCACGACAGAAGAUGCUGACCGAGAAUACUUUGCAUCCGUUCAGAAAUUGCUAUCUUAUGCUGGAUUCGAGGACUGGGAUAUGAUAUUUACAGGAUGGCAUUCUCUUGAUAGUCCAUUGGAUCCAGUGUUACUAGACAACUUCAUUGAUGGGCGAGAAAAGGGAUCCAAGAACAUGGGAAAAAGGUCUAACCUGAGGCUCCUAUUUGAUUCUGUUAAUUCAGCACUAUUGGAACUCAGUUGCAAUACGUUAAUGAGCAUCCAGCUACACAACAGAUUGUGCAGUGAGGCACAAAUAAAUGCUCAUGCAUGCUCCUUGGCAGAGGUGGUAUGGGCCACCAUAAGGGCUUGGUUUUCUGGCAACCAAGCCAAUAUGUCUGCCGAGACUAACAGUAUCCUUGUGGUGGAUAGAACAUUGAGAAAAGAGGUGGGAGGAAACUGUUGGGAUAAAACAGCUAUGAUAGAAGUAGAGGAAAUCACUAAAGAAGUAAGUGUAGAGAUGCUCGAAGAUUUGCUUAGUGAGGCAUUAGCUAUGUAAAAGUUUCAUGUUUGAGCUGAUGCCUUGUCUUCCUCGUAUCCUCUGUCGAUUAAUGUUUUGGUCAUCAUCAUGUGAGAAAGAAUCUUACAGUGCUUUGCUUUC